UUGCCUCGUUGAGAUAAGGAUGCCGGCAGCUGCAUCCAUAAAUAUAAUCUUUCCCGUGUGCGCUGAUAAAAAGUACCAACAGAGUGCCGCGAUCGUGAUCGAGUUGCCUGAAGAAGCGGUCGGUAGUUUAGUGAGAUGAAAUCGAAACAGAAAACGGCAUCUAAUCUGCAUUGGUGGCCGUGGUACGGCGGAUGGGGGAUGCUGGUUCUGCUGGCACUGUGCGGCACGGCGAGCUACCUUUCCUUCUUUCAUCUACCACCCGCUCUAAACGAUGGCGAUCUCGGCCGGUUGCCGUACGCCUUUAAUGGGGCCCGUGCAUGGAACACUCUGGCGGCGCUCGAUGCUCUCGGUCCCAAACCCGUGGGUUCUACGGCGAACGAGGUAGGCGCGGUGAAGCUGCUGGAACGGGAGUUCACUCUCAUCAAUGCAACCAAGCAUGCCGUGCAGGAGGUGCUGUAUGAAAAGCAGAUCACAUCCGGUGCGUACGGUAUCAACUUCUUCGGUAGCUCGAUGACCAGCGUGUAUCGGAAUGUGCAGAACCUUAUCGUUAGGCUGGCUGGCCAGGAAGGGGUCGCUGGGGCGCUGAUGCUAAACUGCCACUUUGACUCGGUGGCUAGCAGCCCCGGUGCAAGCGAUGAUUGUGGCAGCUGUGCGGUGAUGCUGGAAAUUCUGCGUGUCCUGUCCCGGGGAUCGGAGCGACCGCGACAUCCGAUCGUGUUUCUGUUCAACGGAGCAGAGGAAACACCGUUGCAGGCUUCGCACGGUUUCAUUACACAGCAUCGGUGGGCAAAAGAGAUCCGGGCAUUUCUGAACCUCGAAUCGGUCGGCUCUGGUGGAAAAGAGUUGCUGUUCCAGAGUGGCCCCCAGCAUCCCUGGUUGGUUGAAGCGUAUGCUCGUGCUGUCCGCCAUCCUUUCGCUCAUGCCAUCGGCGAGGAAAUCUUCCAAUCCGGGUUCAUACCAUCGGAUACGGAUUUUCGGAUAUUCCGCGACUUUGGGCACAUUCCCGGACUGGACUUUGCCCAUAUAUUCAAUGGAUAUCGGUAUCAUACGCGCUAUGAUUCCGUAGAGUAUCUGUCGCCAGCCGUUCUGCAAAACACCGGGGACAACGUGCUUUCUCUCGUUCGCUUACUGACCGAUGGAGACUAUCUGGAACGAAGUACGAAGGAGCGUGCCGUUGGGAAGUCGGUAUUUUUCGACUUUUUAGGACUCUUCUUUGUGACCUGGUCGGAAAAGGAAGCAGCCAUCAUAAACGUGCUAGUGGCGAUCCUCGGCUUGAUGGUAGGCUACUGGACAACGCUUCGUAACGUCGGAAGCCAGCAUUGGCGUGCGGUUGCCAGGGAAAGCCUACUACACGGAUUCUGUGCGACACUGGUCGGUGCUGGAGCUGCCGUUGGGGUUAACCUUGCCAUUGCAUUUCUGUUGGAUCGCCUUGUUCAACGAUCCAUGGCGUGGUUUUCAACGUAUACAUUGGCCAUCGGACUGUACUGCCUACCGGCGAUGGCUUUACUCUUCAUUGCACACCGGGAGUUUCAUCGAUUGUUUCAACGAAAAGAGACACCGCUGCCACUGUCGCUGGCUGUUAAAACACGGCUUACCGGUGUUUAUCUGUUCUGGAGCGUAAUAAUGAUAGGGGCCACCAUCACCGGUUUACGCUCGGCAUACGUGAUAAGCGUUCUGCUUGCCUGUAUGGCGCUUGUUCCCCUGAUUAGUGAACCGUAUCCAUGGCAUUUCAGCUCAAAGAUGGCUUCCCUUGUGUUGUCGGGUAUCUGGCUACACCUGCAUACCGUUGCACUUCUUUGGACGACGCAAUUCUUCCACAUUUUUGCCAACAUUUUCAUACCCAUCGCUGGGCGCUCAGGUGCAAAUGAUAAUCCAGAUCUCCUGAUUGCCAUGGUAACGGCUGCCUGCAGCCUACUGGUAUGCAGCUUCAUGCUUCCGUUGAUUAAUUUACUACGCAACCCGUACAAGACUACAAUCGGGACGCUUUUGGCCCUGUUUUUGGUAUCGUUGCUGCUAUCGAUUGCGACGCCUCUUGGUUUUCCUUAUCGUGAGGCUACCCCACAGCAAUCGCCCAAGGUACAACGGAUUCUGGCCCAGCAUACCUUGCGCCAGUGGUACGAUAGCGAUGGCUUAGUUCGCGCGGACGAUGCAGGAUAUCUGUUUCGACUCUGGGAUCGUCAUAAUGAGGCUACGAUUCGUGAGGUCAUCGCAUCGAACGCUGGUGGUAACGCUGGAUCAAUCUACAAACCAUCGCAAAUGGACGAAUGUACCACGGAAGUCUUUUGCGGAUUGCCCGCCUCAGCCGUGCGGUUCAGUUCACUCUGGUUUGCUCAACCAAAGUCGAACCAUCCCGAAGCGGUUGAGAUGGUUAAACUGUCUUUGCAAUCACGUAACAAAACGACUGCCAAAGAUGGAUCAGUCUUGAAAAGCAGAUUGGCGUUCAACCUUACCGGCAGUUAUCAAUCAUCUAUUCUCCUUCGUCCUCGGCGGAAUGUUACGCUAGCCGCAUGGAAUCUUACUCCGCAAUUGCCUCCCCAGCUAUCCGUGGGCGAUGAUCAUCGAGCGUACUACGUGCUUAUCACUCAUGGGCUACCCGGCCAGCCGCUUCAGCUGAUCCUAGAUCUUGAGCAAAGUGCAACCGAUGUGAAGUCCGCCGCACAGGAAACCCCGUUGGUAGACAUUAGCGUGACAUCAAAUUUCUGGGAAUAUCACGAGCAUUUCAUGCCUGCCUUUUCAAAAUUCAUCGAAUCGUUUCCACCUUGGGCACACGUUGUACCAUCAGUCUCGAUUGUUAAUCUCUAUAGCUUUUAACGGAUCGAAGUAAGCCUGCUCAUCUGAAAAUACGGAUCCAUCGCUAUCAAGAGUUCAGAAUAAAACCAACUGUAAAUUUCAUUUUA